UUUAAAAUCGAAAAACCCGCACCCAGCAUUCAUUCAUUCAUUACAGAGAACGCGGGGAAAGAAAAGGGGGAAUUUGAUCAAUUGGUUUUAUAUUCAUUCAUUGAUUCGUUGGAUUAUAGGAAAACAUCAUAUCAUACACGUGCGUGAAUCCAAACUCCUGUAUUCAUCCCAGUUCGUACAAAGAUUGGAUCGUGUCAGAGUGGAUUAUUGCUUUCAGGCUCCGAAAUGGAUAUCAGCCUAAACAUGAUGGAUGGCAACGAAACGCCUGCCGUCCGGGAGUGCAUCCGCCCGGCGCCGUUCGGCGCCACCGACUUCAACCCCGUGCUUCAAGCCCACUGCUACAUCCUCGGAACAGUCUUCAACUUCUUGGCCGUCACCGCUGCUUUCUUUCUCUACCGUCUUGUCAAGAUUAAAGCCCACCCUCUAGUUAUCACCGUCAACACACUCCUUGUUAUCAUGGCCACGCUACGCUACAUAUACCUUACCUUUGACCCGUACAACAUCCGAAUGAAGUUUCCGAUGUGGUUCGUACAGUUGCUCGAAGACCUCGCUCUUCCUUGCCUGACGUCAGCGUUUGCCAUCAUCCAAUACGCGCUGUACCAGCUCUGCAAAAUCCAGCGUCCGAAUAAGAGCAUGCAGAGUAAGCGAGUCCUCUGGGGCAUUGUCGUGUGCCACUUCGCCUUCGUCAUCGUUAUCGACAUCCUGCUCAUCACCAAGGUGGCAGGCUGCUGGCUCGCCAUGCUCUGUCAGAUCUUCACUCUCGUAUGGGGACUUGCGUUGUGUCUCACAGUCUCGAUACUUGCGUUUAAACUAGUCAGUCGGGACAAAAGGGUCAAGCGGACACUGCGCGGCGACCACGAACCCAGGCUCGAAAGCGGCAACCAACAAUCGCCAACUCCGAACGGGAUGCAAGUCGAAGACCCUGCCGACAAGAAGAAACUCAAAGACCACUUGAAGAAGCUCAAGAGGAUUUGUUACUCUGCGAGUGUUACUGGGUUUUUAUGUUUCAUUGUGUCUCUUAUUGGCCUGUUCUUGAUAAUAAGCCCUGCUAUCAACUACGAAGUCGGCAAAGUAGGUUGGCUCUGCUAUCAAACUACGCAGAGGUUGGUGGAGAUCGCAUUCGGGUUCAUCCUCCUCUACAUGUCAUGGCAUCGAUCAGAUGGACCGUCAACAUGAUACCAGUAAGAUCAAGCUCGUCAGAUGCUCGUAGUCAACAUCGUGAGCCACCAAGAGCAAUUUGCCAAUUUGUUCGCAGUCCGUAUCGUGGAGUUCUAGUUGUUGUACACGUUCUAAGAGCAAACUAGAAACGCCCAUCAUGUCUUUGAUAUGGAUCAACUGGAGAUCGAUAGACGCUUUUUAUAGCAGCAAAAGGAUCACGGAACAAUCAUCCACCUCGUCUAUAUACUCAUCAUCAACAUCGUGAUCCACAACUGACUAAUAUGCUCGUAGUCCAAAUGGUGAAUAAUUGUUGUAUAUGUUCUUACAUGCAAUCUUCCAUCAUGUAUUUGGUAUGAACAGACCAAAUAGGCCUGUUUGGUGACAAUGCAUGAGUUGAUAGAUAGAAUUUGCAAAACUCUUCCACAUCGUCAAAUAUGUUCGUAGUCUACAUCGUAUAAUGAGCGAACUACCGCUUAGAAACUGCUGUCACGACCUUGUGUCAAUAUCGCAGUCAACAUCGGCAAAUAUUUUGCCCGGACAUUAUGGCAAUGGCAUAUCGAUACCAAAAAAAAACCUUGCUUCUCAUAGAAGAGAAAAGAUACAUUACAUAAGCCUUUCCUAUUUAUAGCUAGUUAACAAACAUGCCUACUUAAUAACGAGGAAACAUUCACUCUUAUCAUAACCCAUUAGAAUUAGCAACAUCACCAUUAAACCAUGAGACAACAGACAUGAUAACGAAACUUCGUGAUAAUCGCAAAAUAUGAAAUAACUUUUUCAAUGUUCACUCCUCUUAAUACAUCUUGUAAAUCAGGGGGGGUCUCAUAAACUUAUUCAUAAGUUAAAGGGGUAGUCCAGACUGAAAAUAUUUAUAGCUUAAUAAAUAGAGUGGAAUUCUCUGAGCAAAAUGCCGAAAAUUUCAUCAAAAUCGGAUAACAAAUAACACAGUUAUUGAAUUUUAAAGUUUAGCAAUAUUUUGUGAAAACAGUCGUCGUGAAUUUUCAUUAGGUGUGCUAAUGAUGUCACAUCCCCAUUUGUUCAUUUGUAUUUUAUUACA